GCGCAGUCAUGGCGGUGCCGAACGGGGCCGGGGCCGGGCCGGGCCCGGCGGGGACCGGGACGGGCCCGGGGGGACCCGGCGGAGGCCUCAGGGCCGCGGCCGGCCUCUACGAGCAGCUCAAGGGCGAGUGGGGCCGCAAGAGCCCCAACCUGGCCAAGUGCGGGGAGGCUCUGGGCAGGCUGAAGGUGGCUCUGCUGGACCUGAACUUCCUCCCCACCUCCGGCUCGGCCAUGACCAAGCAGCAGCUGAUCCUGGCCCGGGAUAUUUUGGAGAUUGGAGCCCAGUGGAGCAUCCUCAGGAAGGACAUUCCCAUUUUUAUGGGAUUUUUGCCCAUUUUUGCCCGUUUUUUCCCGUUUUCAGGGGAUAUUUUGGAGAUUGGGGCCCAGUGGAGCAUCCUCAGGAAGGACAUUCCCAUUUUUAUGGGAUUUUUGUCUGGGGGGAAUUUAUGGGAUUUUGGGAUGAUUUGGGAUCAGGGGAACCUCUUCAUCCGGCACCCCGUGUCCCUGGAGCAGUACCUGAUGGAGGGCAGCUACAACAAAGUGUUCCUGGCCAAGGGCAACAUCCCAGCAGAGAGCUACACCUUCUUCAUCGACAUCCUGCUGGACACCAUCCGGGACGAGAUCGCGGGCUGCAUCGAGGCCGCCUACGAGCGGAUCCUGUUCCCCGAGGCGGCGCGGAUCCUCUUCUUCAGCUCGCCCCGCAAGAUGACCGACUACGCCAAGAAGCGGGGCUGGGUGCUGGGUCCCUCCAACUAUUACAGUUUUGGGGGGCGGCAGCAGAAAGCCGAGGACCCCCCGAUCCCCUCGACGGAGCUGGCCACGCAGGUGAUCGAGUACGCCCGGCAGCUGGAGAUGAUCGUCUGAAACACAACAAAUUCCUCCUUUUCCUCUUUAUUCCCAUUUUUUCCGCCUUUUUUUUUGUGUUUUUCCCGCCUUUUUCUGUCCUUUUUUCCGUGUUUUUUGGCCGUUUCCAAAGUUUAAAGUGGUUUAUUUUGGUUUUUUUUUUUUUUGGAUGGAACCCCAUCCAAAACUGUUCGAAGAUUAUUCAGUUCCCCACAUUAAGACCCCACUCCAAAAUCUCCCCAAAUCCCGUUCGUUCUCCUUAUUUCUCUUAUUUUAUUGCGUUUUUGGGGGUUGAAAUGGCUUUUUAGGGGCGGUUAAAUGUUUAAAAGGGGUUUUGGGGGGCGUUGAUGCUCUCUGACAUCCCCAAAAUCCUCAUUUAUUCCCAUUUUCUCUUCCAAUUGGUUGCAUUUUUGGGGGAUUCUCGAUGUGGGAGCCCCAAACCCCCCUCAGACCACCCCAAAUCCCCCUUUUAGCUCCCAUUUCCCCAUUUCUGGCAGUUUAACGACCUCAAAGGGUUUUUUGUGGGGGGGUUUGAUGAAAACCCCCCCCCAUUCCCCUCACCCCCUUUUUGGGCAGAACCGGGGGGGGGCUGAGCCCCUUCCCCAAAAUAUGAACCCCAAGAUGUUGUUCAAUAAAGUGCUGGAGCCGGA